UGUGAGAUUGUGAGAGAGAGAGCGAGAGAGAGGAACACAGAAAAAAAACAAGCACAGAAAAGCUGAACAAGGAAUACAAUGCGCAUGAUGCUAAAGAUAAGGGGAAAUGUAAACAGCUUUUUCUAAAUCUCUCUACAUCUCUCCCUCAUCCUGCAACAUCCUGCGUUUAAAGAAAAGUAGCACUUAGCUAAAGUGCCUCUGCAGCUACAGCCAGAGUGAUCUCAUCAUCAGAGUGCAACAACAACAAAUUCAAAUUUUGCAAAGACAAGAGUGAGUAAGGAUUUUUUGGGGAACUCCUCCCACAGAGAGAAAGCAACUAGUAUAUAAGCGCUAUUAGGUGUCACACUGGGACAGUGGGGGCCUGAGGAAGAUAGCAGAGAAUUGAGCCAAAGAGGUAAGAUGAGUCUAAGAAACUGUCACACUCUGACCGCCAGUGAACAGGAUUUGACCAGCAGCAGUAGCCAAGACCCCUGGGAAGAUGCGAGGACAGUUUUGAAGCCCUCAGCCCUCGCCAGGAAACCUAAAUCACCCAAGCCAGAGAAUGCUAUCACUAUUGGUGUGUCAGCACGAGUCCUCUUCAACAUGGAGAAGGAGCAGCAGAUGUACGAGCAGCAGGGCAUGGAAGAGUACAUUAAGUAUCAGGUGGAGCAUGAAACGCAGCCUUUCAGCCCCGGUCCUGCCUUCUCUUUUGUCAAGGCUCUGGAGGCUGUGAACACUCGACUGAGGGAGCUUUACCCUGAGAGCGAGGAGCUCUUUGAUGUUGUGCUCAUGACCAACAACCAUGCAUACGUCGGCCUAAGACUCAUCAAUACCAUCAAUCAUCACAAGUUGUUCAUCGAGCGCUUCUGUAUGACAGGGGGAAACAGUCCUAUAGGUUACUUAAAGGCCUACCACACUAACCUUUACCUGUCUGCUGAUCCAGUCAAGGUUCGGGAAGCGCUGGAAGAAGGUAUUGCAGCAGCCACGAUGUUCACCCCAGAGAAGAUAACAGAAGUGUCGGAGACUCAGCUGCGUGUCGCUUUUGAUGGUGACGCCGUCCUCUUCUCUGAUGAGUCUGAGCGCAUUUACAAGGCCCAUGGACUGGACAAGUUCUUUGAGCAUGAGAAGGCACACGAGAACAAGCCUCUGGACCACGGACCAUUGAAAGGUUUCCUGGAGGCUUUAGGAAAGCUGCAAAAGAGGUUUUAUGGCAAAGGACAGCGCAUGGACUGCCCCAUCCGGACCUACUUGGUGACAGCUCGCAGUGCAGCCAGCUCUGGAACCAGAGCCCUAAAAACUUUGCGCUCAUGGGGUUUGGAGAUCGACGAGGCUCUCUUUUUGGCAGGGGCACCCAAGGGCCCCAUGCUUGAGAAGAUUAGGCCGCACAUUUUCUUUGAUGACCAGAUGUUUCACGUGGAGGGGGCCGCUGAAAUGGGGACAGUAGCAUGUCAUGUGCCCUAUGGGAUAGCUCAGAGAAUUACCAAGAAAGGGAUUAAUGGCAAAGAGACUACUUCAGCUGCCCAAGAAUCCUAAGCGUCACUAAGACUAAAGGGUUAGACCUGAGCUUGUC